AUGGGAGGAUAUAAGUACGUGCAAGAAGUGUAUAGGAAGAAACAGAGCGAUGUACUUCGUUAUUUGUUACGUAUUCGCGUCUGGCAGUACAGACAAAUGACUCGUGUCCACCGGGCACCUCGUCCAACUAGACCGGAUAAAGCCAGAAGAUUGGGAUACAAAGCUAAACAAGGUAAAGAUUUUAUACUUGCCAUAUGAUAAUUUACUUAGUUGUUGGAGUAUAUUUUUUCAGUAAGUAUAAUGUUAAAUAUUUUGUGUUUAAUAGGUUUUUCAAUAUUUAGAGUGCGAAUCAGGCGUGGUGGUCGUAAACGUCCUGUACCCAAAGGUGCUACUUAUGGUAAACCAAAAAGUCACGGAGUUAAUGAAUUGAAACCCAAACGUUGUCUACAAUCAAUUGCUGAGGUAUAUUAUACUGUUUAAGUUAAAACCUUAUAAUAAAUUAAUGAUAUUCUUUGUAUUACCACAUAUUGAUCAAUAGUAAUGUAUAGUGGCACUACGUGCAUUGCAUUGAUCGAUAUAUAUUGGUUACCAUAAGUUUAUCUGGGUAGAAUUUUUAUUUUAAAAAAAAUGUAUAAUUCCCAAGAUUUAUAAAUCAAAUAGCCAUGUAACAAUAAUUAAAAAUUUAAAGCAAGUGUUUUAUAGCUAACGUCUAUUGGUUAAUUUUUUUUUUAAUUGCAGAGCAGAUACCUUCAUAAAUUUCUAAAUUUUAAGCUAAAUGAUGUAUAUGAACCAUGCACCACUCCUUAUUUAUUAAAUGAGGAUAAUAUAAAUUUUACUCUGAUAGCUUAACCCAAGAAUAAAUUGUAAUUAUUUUAUAGUUAUAUGAUAGUGUACCAUUUACCACUCCUUAUCACAUCUUUAGAUAAGGUAAAUAAAUAUCUGCAUCAGAUUGGCUACAGAUUAGUAUUAUGAUGCUAUAAAUUUGAUCAAAUAUUUAAUAAUAAUAUAAAAAAAAAAAAAAAAAUGAUGAUUUUGUACCAUGCACCACUCCUUAUAAUAUCAUUAAAUGAGGAUAGAAUAUCUAGUAUCUGAUGUAUUAAGUUUAAGACUAAAAGUAUAAUGAUGACAAUUAUGUGUAAUAACUACUGAUAGUAAUGUGAAGGGUUAAUCUUCCUUGGAUGUCUGAUAAUGUAACACAAUUCGUUAAAUAUUAUAUAUAUAUAUAUAUAUUAGAUUAGUAUAAUUUGUAUGAUGAUUAUGUACCAUGCACCACUCCUUAUAUCAUUAGAUGAGGAUAAUAUACAUCUAUAUCUGAUAAAUUAAUUGGUUUUACCUAAAAAUUAGAUCAAAUUUUUCCUAAGCAAAACUAAAUGAUGAUUAUGUACCAUGCACCACUCCUUAUAUUAUUAGAUGAGGAUAAAAUAUCUAGUAUCUGAUUUAUUAAAAUUAAAACUGUAAAAGUUUAAUGAUGACAAUUAUGUGUAAUAACUACUGAUAAUAAUAUGAAGGGUUAAUCUUCCUUGGAUGUCUGAAAACAAAACUUUAAAUAAUUGCCUGUAUCAGUGCUUCCAUUAUUACUUUAAAAAUGUAAUAGUACCUAUGUAUUAAAUUAUAUUUUGAAGAAUUUACUUUCAUGAUGACAAAUAAUUUUAAAAACAACUACUGAUUAUAUUCUAUGAAGGGUUUAACUUCCUUGGAUGUCUGAUGGUAAAUUAUAAUUCUGUUUAUUUUUAUUGAAUGCAUUAUCUAAUGUGUAUUUAGAAGCCAAAUUAAAAACUAUUGAUCUAGGUACAAAUUCUUUAUUUCACUUUUAAUUUAUAUUCCUAUUCAACAAUUUUUAUCAUUAACUUGAAGAUUUUGCAAUUAAAUUGUGAUUUUUUUUUUACUAAGAUCAAUAUCAAUGAUGAUAAUUUGUGUUUUGUUAAAUAUUCACUGAAUAAUUAUGUGGACAAAAAUACAUAUUUGUUCCCUUGGCUAUCUGAAAUUUAGACUUAGGUUUUUUACUUCUUUUUGCUUUCUUUAUAGUAAAUACUUACUAAAUAAGAUUCUGAAUUUUCAAAAUAAAAACAUGAUGAUAAAUUGUGUUUUGUUAAUAUUCACUGAAUAAUUAUGUGGACAAAAAUACAUAUUUGUUCCCUUGGCUAUCUGAAAUAUUAAAGAAAAAGUAAUAUCUGUUCAUUUUUUGUGACAGGUUUAGAUUUAUUUUAUUUUAUAUUAAAAAUACAUAAUAAGAUCUCUAAUUAAUUUUUGUCCAACUGGUUCAUUUUUAGAAAUCUUAAAUCUACUGUCUGCCCAACCUAAUGAUCUUAUAAUAUUAUUGUUGUUAAAUUGUUUUACUAUUUAAUAUUGUUUAUUAAAUUUUAAAAGCAUAUAUUUUUAUUGUAUUUAUCAUUGGUUACAAAAAUUAUUGAUUCUGCAUCCAGUUUGUUAAAAAAUUACAAUAAUGAUGAUAAAUUGUGUUUUGUGAUAAAAUAACUGAAAAAUUGAAUGUUGACAAAAAUACAUUUUGUUCCCUUGGCUAUCUGAAUUGUAAUUUAAAAUCAAUUUUUACUACGUGAAAUUUACCAUUAAAAAUAAACAUUAAUUUAUAUCAAUAUAUUUUUAAUUAUAGGAAAGAGUUGGCCGUCGUUGUGGUGGACUCCGUGUCCUUAACUCUUACUGGGUAGGACAGGACUCUACUUUUAAAUUCUACGAAGUCAUCACUGUUGAUACAGCUCACCCAGUAAGUUCAUGUUAAAUUUAAGUUUAUUUAAUUGUAUCUAAAUGCAGUGCAACAAUAUAUUAUAGUUACUUUAAUUAUUGAUUAAUUUUGUAUUAUUAGGCAAUCCGUAGAGAUCCCAAGAUCAAUUGGAUAUGUAAUGCCGUGCACAAGCACAGAGAAUUGCGUGGAAAGACAUCUGCUGGCCGCAAGUCCCGUGGUCUAGGAAAAGGUCAUGGUUAUUCACAAACUAUUGGUGGAUCGAGGAAGGCGUGUUGGAAGCGUAAGAAUACCUUGCAACUCCACAGAAAACGAUAA